AUGGACGGCCUCCAGGAGACCUUCAGAUGGGCAGCGUUGGAGUGCGCUGCACAGGCACCUGUGGCCGCGUAUGCUUUUGGGCGGCAGCACAACUUUGGAGAUCUUGUGGUGUCCGCCGCACAACUAUCCCUAAAAACUUCCAUUAUCGAGAUUCCGCACUCCCCAGAGCUCAAGCGCAUCUCAGGAUCCGAGCUACAAGAACUCAUCGCUUACCAUCGCCGUUGUCAAGCUGAGGCCAGUCGACAGUAUGGGACUGUCCCGGGGCACAGGUUCGUUCGUGACCCCACUGGGACACGGGACACGAACUUCUGCCCGAAAAACUACAGUACCUUCCUCAAGGCGGCCGAGUCCUUGGCCAAGAAGGUCGACGAGCUAACAAACGAGAUCGCCAAAGAAAUGUUCAUGGAGGGAAGCGUGGCAGGCGUCUGA